AUGGGAAAUAGUGAGACAAAAUGCGAUUCCUCAGAUGAAGAAAGAAGAUAAAAAGAAAUUUAAGAAUAUUGGGAAAAUAGAUAAAUUGAAAGUGAAAAGGAAAGAUAAAGAGAAAUUGAAAAGAAAAGGGAAGAAGAAGAAGAAAGGAAAAACGAAUAUUGGAGGUAUUAAGAAGAAAUGAGAAGGCGAGAAUAGGAUAAUUAUAAUCCAGAUAAAUAUAAUUGA